AAUUUAAGCUAAAAAUAUUCUUUGAUGCCUUUAUUCUCUGCUUUUUAAGCGUUCCCAUCAAUUUCAAAGCACCCUUUCUCCCUAAUAUUCCUCUUCUCUCUACUAACAUAACAAUAGCAUCCUCUCUCUCUGCUUUUCUCUCUCAACUUCAAACUUUCAAAUGGCCGCAUCAGAAUCACAACCUCAACCUCCCGAACAACAUUCACAGCAUCUCAACUUCAAGACAACAGUGUUGAAAGUCUCCAUUCACUGCGAAGGCUGCAAGAGAAAAGUACAUAAAAUUCUUCAAGGCAUACAUGGUGUUAAUGACAUAAAAAUUGAUUUGAGACAACAAAAAGUGAUAGUAACAGGGAACGUAAACAGCGAUAUUUUGAUCAAGAAAUUAACCAAAACAGGGAAACAUGUUGAGUUAUGGCCAGAACCAACAGAUUCCAAAAAGAACAAGCAGAGAAAACAACAGACCAACCCAGAAUCUGAAAACAGCGAAGAAGAAUUAGAAACAAACCAAACCACACAAAACGACAAUGAAACAGGUAAAGUUAAAAUUCUCUCUGACACAUCCAAAUCCAAAAACGUUGAAGUUAACGGCAACGCCGUUAAAACCAGUAACGAAAACGGCGAAGUUAACGUUAACGGUAACGUUAAUAAACCCAGCGAAGGUUCCGCAACCGGGAAAACCGGUGUAGUACAUGUUCAUGAACCAAAGACGGAAGUGAGGAAACAAACAGUAGUGUUACCGGCUGGACCAGUAACCGAGAAAAAAGUUAGCGUCGCAGUUCAAUUUCCUUGUGAUAAUAAUGAAGAUACAUCAACGAUUGAGAAAAUCGGUGCCACCGGUGGUGCCACCGGUUCAACCGGUGGUGAUAGCAGCGGAGUAAAAAAGAAGAAAAAGAAAGGGAAAGGUAAAGUUAUCAACAAUGACGCUAAUGAGAGUGUUAUUGAUACCGGUGGUUCAAGUAAUCGGUCACAUGGUCAAGGUUAUGGUCAAAGUUUUGGUCAAGGUCAAAGUAAUUUUCAUCAAGGUUCAGUUCCAAUUUCAAAUCUAGCCAAUGAGGGUCCGCCACGUCAUUAUUACAAUAACCAACAGUUUUACCCACCGCAGUACUAUGGUGGUACUCCUCCUCCUGCUGCGGGUCCACCUGUUUAUACGGUGAAUCAUCAUACAGCGUAUCCUAGCAGUAGUAGUUACGGUGCAGCGUAUUAUGCGGCUCCGCAACCGUAUCAAUACGCGCAUGUGGUGAAUUCUGGAAACGAGAUGGAGAAUCAUGUUAGGCCGUACACGUAUGAACAUGAAACGUAUACGACAUCACAACCGUCGGAUUCGUUUGUUUAUUUUAGUGAUGAAAAUCCUAAUGCGUGUUGUGUUAUGUGAUUUGCUUGUAAUAAUUGGGUUGGAGUGCUUUUUGAAAAUACAAUAGAAUUUGUAUUGGUAUGGGAGAAUUUUGUAAUGCUGUAGAUAAGAAUGAAUCAGUAUCAUCAUGAAGUAAAGUAAAGUAAAGUAAAGAAAAGAAGAGUACUCCUUUGUUGCUUUGAAUGAAUGAUGGAUGGAAAGUUGAGUAGAAUAAUACUAGAAGAAUUCUGGGUGUUUACGGCUUUUGUUUACUGGUUGUCGUUGCUCUUCAUGGAUAUGUAUCAUACUAAGACAAUAGAAUACUCAUAUUUAAAAAUCAUUUAACUUUA